CGACCCACUGGACCCAUAACCCAUUAUCCCUUCCUCUUAACAAACAACCACUGACGUUGCUGGCAGUGGAAAAGCGCAAUGUUGGGUGGUAGCGUCUCUCGUGCCAUUUCCCACCAUUUUCGAGACUGCGACCUCCAUUUCCACUUCACACUCACUUACUGUACUUUCCAAACUUUCCACCUUUCGUCCCCACGGCCCCUCAAACCUUGUUUGCCGGACACCGCCAUUACUCAGAAGCACAGCAGAGUGUCGUCAAAUUUCCGUUGUUUUGGCACCCCAUCUAAGCCUCCUGGAGAAAUUCCUCUCCUUUUCGAUUGUUUCAGCCAACAAGAAGAUGAACGUGAAAUUCUCUCUGAUGGAACAUCUCCUGUGGCAGGUGGAGUUGUAGCAUUGGGAAAGUUUGAUGCUCUGCACAUAGGUCAUCGUGAACUUGCAAUACAAGCAUCAAAGGCUGGACCUCCAUUUCUUUUAUCAUUUGUUGGCAUGGAUAAAGUACUUGGUUGGGAGCCUAGGGCACCUAUAGUUGCUAAAUGUGAUCGGAAGCGAGUUCUUUCUUCUUGGGUUCCUUAUUGCUGUAACACAGUCCCAGAAGAGUUUCAGGUAGAAUUCUCAAGUGUACGACAUCUCAGUCCACGACAAUUUGUUGAAAAGUUAUCGCAAGAGCUUAGGGUUCGAGGAGUUGUUGCUGGUGAGAACUACCGGUUUGGGUACAAAGCCGCUGGUGAUGCCUUGGAGUUAGUAAAACUUUGUGAAGAGUAUGGAAUGGAAGCUUACAUAAUCAAAUCCGUCAUGGACAAGAAUCGUUGUUCUGCAGACAUGAAUUUUGUCACUAACUCGAAAGAGAAGGGACAGGUGUCGUCCACCCGUGUUCGUGAAGCCUUUGCUGUAGGGGACAUGAGUUAUGUAUCAGAGCUUUUGGGUAGGCCACACCGUCUCAUACUAAUGGCCACCGACCAAGAAAGAUUCAGUAGUGAUCAGCAUAAGAUAUCUGCUCCUAGAUCAUGCACAUUGAAUCUAGCACCAAAGGAAGGUUUAUAUGAGAAGUGUUCACUUUUGCUUGAUCAGGAAAAUGUUGUGCAGUGUAGAGUAGUUAUUGACAGCAAGUUUGUGCAUAUAGAAACAGAUUACGGAGGUCUGAGUGAUAUUUUUGGUUCUCAAAAUCUGCAGUUCUUGCAUAUUGAAUUUGGCGAUUCCUGCACCUGAUUCAGUUUAGAAAUUAUUUCUAUUCAAAUUCAUAGUCUUCUGGAUUAGAGAUGAUUUUUAUCCAUCCUUCAAAGUGCCCAGAUGAAACUGCAUAAUCUGAAGGCUGGUAUGAGUAGGUAUAUACAUACACACUGUACCUUUCUCCCUUUCCACCCUCUUCACUGCAUUAGGCCUCCAAACAAAGUGAUUCUGUAAAACUUGAUUGAUUUUGCUCAAUCUCUUGUUUGAGGAAAUUAAGGAUUAAUUUUGGAGAUU